AUGGGCCAAAAAAGGUCGAAAAAACGCGCUUCGGGCAAAUCGCGUACAGCGUCGAAUCGCAAACGUCGCAGCCCCCGAACCGCACUGAAGAGGCGUUUCACGCUGUUCGGCAAACGGCGAGCCAGCCUGCUUCCUCAGCGAGGCGACAUGGACAAUCAGGUGAUACGAAUCGUGCAUCUAUGCGUCGAUAGCCGCAGACCGGUUAUCGGGCGUAGCGUCAUUGAACGCAGUCGCCGCCUGGUUCAAGCAGAUGAUCAGCACGAAUUCAGCCUCUCAGUUGUUACGGUCCGCACCAGAAAGCAACCCUCGCAAAAAAACACACCAGAGAGCGAAACCAACUUCGACCAUCACGAGUUGGUUCGUCUGGGUCGCAUCGAUCCAACUUUCAUGAUGCGUCUGUUGCGAGUGAUGCGGAAGCUUCGCCCCGAUAUAGUGCAUACUCACGAUGCGCGAAGUCACUUUAUCGCUCUGCUGUUGCAGCCCAUGGUUGGGUUCCGCGUGGUUGCCACCGCAACUGAAGAUCGCGACGGUCCGCGAAACACAACUUGGAUUGCCAACGUCGAUCGGCAACUUCUUGCCGGGUUCGAUCGCGUGAUCGCUGUGAACAAUCAGCUUGCCCGACAGUUGUGCCGCAUCGGCUGUCGUCCCUCGCAAGUCGACGUGAUCCAGUACGGUGUCGAUACAACGGCGUUCAGUAAACAUGCCGUCGAAGAUGACUGCCGCCAAAUGAUGGGAAUCGAUCCCGAGCGUCGAGUGAUUGGUGUCAGCAUCGAUGCCGGGGAUCCUGAUCAACACCAACUCGUCCUUGAAUCCAUCGAUCUCAUUGAAGCCGCUCUCGGCGAGGUGCACUUAAUCCUCUUCGAUAGCGGUGGGCAAACCGCUCCAACAACUUCGACGUCCACCACGCGACUCGUUGCCAAUCGUCAAAAGGUCGACGUCGUCCCAUGGUCGGACCGCACACCGGAAGUCUAUGCGGCCAUGGAUGCCGUGCUGAUCGUGGGAGGUGCAAAGGGCGGUGAAGCCAUCAUCGAAGCGCAGAGCAUGGAAGUGCCCGUCGUCGGGUUGAUGGACUCGAUCGCCAGCGACCUCAUCGAGCCGGGAACCUCGGGCCUGCUCGCUGCAGAGACCUCGGCCGAAGCCCUGGCCAGUCACAUCAUCCAUCUCUUCAGCAACCCGUUCGAGGCCGCCUCGCUUGCCACGGCCGCGCGGCUCAGAAUCUGCCAACGGCACGCGGUCGACGACGCUGCUCGGAAAGUAGCCCACACCUAUCGCCGGGUGUACAGCCAGAGCGAUGUGGACCUCGUGGGACGGCUCCCGAAGAGACCCCAUCGUCGUGGCUUUUUGGGGUUCGGGCGAAGUAUGUCAAUUUUGGUCACCGGCGGGGCCGGAUUCAUUGGUAGUCAUCUCAUCGAGCUACUUCUAGAACGACGUAGCGACGACAUCAUCUGUCUCGACAACUACAACGACUUCUACGCUCCGGCGCAGAAGAGGGCCAACGUAGAACGCUUCAAAGAUGAGCCCCGCGUGGCGUUGGUCGAAGCAUCGAUCUGCGACGUGGACAAGAUGAAGAGGCUCUUUGCCGACCACGACGUUCGGCACGUAGUUCACUUGGCGGCCUACGCCGGAGUCCGCUACAGCGUCGAUCAUCCACAGCUCUAUCAAGAGACGAAUGUCGGAGGCACGCUCGCUCUCUUGGAAGCAGCUCGACAGCAUCCAGUCGACCGUUUCGUUCUCAUCUCCUCAUCCACAGUCUACGGGCGAGGGGCCGGGGUUCCGUUCGUGGAAGACGACCCCCUGGGCGUCCCGAUGAGCCCCUACGGAGCGACCAAGCGGGCCGCGGAAUUGAUGGGGUUUACCUAUCUCGACCUGCACCGCGUCCCAGUGGUCGCCAUCCGUCCCUUCAGUGUCUACGGUUCGCGGUUGCGUCCAGACUUGGCGAUGAUGAUCUUUACCGGAGCCAUCCUCGAGGGCCGAGCCCUGCCGCUGUUCGGCGAUGGCUCGAUUCGUCGCGAUUUCACUCACGUGAGUGAUCUAUGCGCGGGCCUCAUGGCUACGCUCGACGCCGACAAUGUGGUCGGCGAGGCCAUCAACCUGGGGCAUCACGAUCCGGUGGCGAUCCGCGAUGUGAUUGGCUCACUCGAGAGUGCACUAAAUCGAGAGGCUGUAAUCGAUCGACUGCCCGAGAAGCCGGGCGAUAUGCCGAUUACGUUCGCCGACCUCUCGAAGGCCAAGAAGCUUCUGGGCUAUGAACCCAAAGUGGAGUUCAAAGACGGGGUCCGCGAGUUCGUGGCUUGGUAUCAGGAACAUGCGGCCUUAGAUUCCACCCAAUCUUGA